CUCACAAACAAGAAUAUUUAAAUUAUGUGAAUAAAACAAUAAUAAAGUUGCUCAUUAAAUCAAAAUAAUGAACAAUCAUCAAUUUAUUCAUUAGCUUCAUAAAUAAUACAUCAUAAAAAUAUAUGCACUUUAAUUAACUGCGGUUGCUCAUUCUCUUUUUGUUUCAAUUCUUAUUUCGUUAUUAUAAUUUAUAUAGUAUUGAAUUCUCAAAAUUAUGAUUUGUCAAUAUACUCGGUUUUUAAAGAGUUAUGACAUAGCUGGUGGAGCAAUUCACAAACUGACAUCGAUCCUAUUGGUAACUUAGAACGCUGUUACAUCGGUCUUUUAUUAUCAACCGAAUUUUGGUCGAUUAAAAUGUCGGUGAGUCAGAAAUCACAGAUCGAGGUGUACGUAUAUUAUUUAGUCCGUGUCAGGUAUCCAAUCGGAUGUAAAUUAUAGAUUGUGGAUUGUGAGAAAGCAAAAAAAUUUGUCAUCGUGUAUUUAAGCUUUAUUUAAAUCGGUAAAAACGUGAGUAAAUGCACAGUACUGGCAAAAUACUGGGCAUUAUCAUUGUCACUCAGAAUACGUGGGAAAAAGAGAAAAAUAGGUUCGCUAAUCAAAUGGCGACGGAGGAGCACAAACGCUUAGCUGACAUCGUGAAGGGAACUCAUGCCUUGUUACGCGUCGAGUGUCAACAAUAUGGCGCCGAGAUGGCAUGGAAGCGCCAUUUGGCGCGAAAUGACGUUCUACAGGAAUAUGCAGCAUCUAUGCGAAAAUUGGCUGUUAAGUGCUGGACGAAUAACAAUUCAAAUUUAAGAAAUGGAACAUAUUGUAGAAUCGAAUGGAUAAAAACUCAGUGCAAGGAAUACUUUCUCUAUGGUGGUAGAAAGAAAUACGAUAGAAGAGAACAAGAUAUAAACUAUAAAAUAACUCUUUCAUCGGUGAAGUCGAGCAAUGACAAUCGAAUGUGCGGAAGCAACUCGAGUUGUGUGGAGAAUGGAUUACAAAAUUUUCAUGAACAAAAAAUAACGGUACUAGAUGUAGGUAGUUGCUACAAUCCUUUAAACGUUGACAGUGCGUUUGAUGUCACCGCAAUAGAUUUAACUCCUGCGGUAGAAGGAGUAUAUCGGUGCGACUUUUUGAACGUCACGAUCGAAAGGGAGAGAACUCUUUCACGAGACACGCGAGAGAUUCGUCGACUGCCUGCUAAUUUCUUUGACACUGUCGUGUUCUCUCUACUAUUGGAAUAUCUACCGUGCCCGGAACAGAGAUACGUCUGUUGUAGAAAUGCAUAUGACGUAUUAAAGAGCGGUGGGAUUUUGAUUAUUGUGAGUCCAGAUUCGAAACACGUUGGCGCGAACGCAAAAUUAAUGAAGUCCUGGAGAUACGCGCUGAGCGGAAUGGGAUUCAUGAGAAUCAAAUACGAGAAACUACGUCACAUCCACUGCUUGGUGUUCAGGAAGUGCGUAUGCAAAGACGUAGCAAUACGUUGGUCCAAGCUACAGCAUUUUUCCGAAGCUAACAAAAUAUACAUGUCCGACACGAAGAUUUUUAUUCCACAGGAUUUUCAGAUCUUCUAUUCUAAGGAAAAACAAGAAAAGAUUGAAUACGAGGAAAUUGAUUUAGCGAGCUCUUUCUCCGAAUUACCGUUCAACGAUGAAGCACCAACAUGACAAUUUUAUUCUUGUAUUGAUGUUAAAUAAAAUAUUUUAUAAAAAAUUUAACUCAAAA